GCUGUGGCGGCGGGCGGGAGGGCGGCCGGCCGGACGGGCACGGGAGAAGAUGGCGGAGGCCUCGGCGGCUGGUGCGGGCGCGGGCGCCGCCGUCCCCCCGCACCGCUUCUUCUGCCACUGCUGUAAGGGCGAGGUCAGCCCCAAGCUGCCGGAGUAUAUUUGUCCCAGAUGUGAAUCCGGCUUUAUUGAAGAAGUGACUGAUGAUUCCAGUUUUUUAGAUAGUGGUAGCAGCGGGAUAGACGACAGCACUUCAACACAGUUUGCAGAGCUCUGGGACCAUUUGGACCACACAAUGUUUUUCCCAGAUUUUAGACCAUUUCUGAGUAGCAGUACACUGGAUCAAGACAUUAGAGAUAAUGAACGGGGUCAUCAAACUCAUGCAGAUCUUUGGGGACCCAGCAGGCCCCCCAGAUUGCCAAUGACCAGGAGAUACCGAUCUCGGGGGAGUUCUCGACCUGACCGGUCCCCAGCAAUUGAGGGAAUAAUACAACAGAUCUUUGCAGGAUUCUUUGCAAAUUCAGCAAUUCCUGGCUCCCCCCACCCUUUUUCAUGGAGUGGGAUGCUGCACUCCAACCCCGGGGACUAUGCCUGGGGUCAGGCGGGGCUUGAUGCCAUUGUUACCCAGCUCUUAGGACAGUUGGAAAAUACUGGGCCUCCCCCAGCUGAUAAAGAAAAGAUCACAUCUCUUCCAACAGUGACAGUAACUCAGGAACAAGUUGAUACGGGUUUGGAGUGUCCAGUGUGCAAAGAAGAUUACACAGUCGAAGAGCAAGUCCGGCAGUUGCCUUGCAACCACUUCUUUCACAGCAGCUGUAUUGUGCCAUGGUUGGAACUGCAUGACACGUGUCCUGUUUGCAGGAAGAGCUUAAAUGGUGAGGACUCAACUCGGCAAACACCAAACAGCGAGGCCUCUUCAAGCAGUGGCUAUAGCAGUGACAGCCAACUACAUGACCCAUGGACUUUCUGAAGCUCAAGAGCCAUUGAGCUGGGGCCGUGGUAGACUUACUACAAAUGUAAAUUGUAUAAAAAAUAGUAUGUGGAUAUAGGAACUUCACCAGAAAUCCCAAACCCAUAAUAUUAAUGGAAUGAGUGCUGUCCCUUUCCAAAUUUAAAGUUAGCAUUUACAGAUGGAAUUGUAUUCGAGCCGAAUGCCUCUUAUUCCUGAAUUCAGAGUGAUGACUUGAUUUUAUACUUGUGAAAAUUAAUUAUGUGUUUCUUUCAGAAUGAAAUAAAUUCGUUACAGGUCUAGUUAGGGUUCUACUAUCUGUCAUGCUGCCUUGUAAUGGAGGUUCUGCUUUCUCCCCAGCCUCCAUCUCCCUCAUCAGUGUAUUUUAAAGUAAAUACAGUGGAACCAAAACCCCAUGAUCCUUUUGACAUAAAGUAUUUGUGUUAACUGGAUGAAAGUGAUUCCUAGCUGGAUUAGCCAUGAAAUCAGGUCAAAUAAAGCCAGAGCUUUGACUUGAGCUUCCAAGAACAAACUGAAGGACAGUUAAAAUGGGAAAGAAAAAGUGGCUGAUUAGUCUAUCUCUUUAGUUUUGCUCAUUUUUCUUUUUAAAGUGAUACUUCAGGAGAAGGCAGUUCCACUCAAGAUGAAAAUAUGGCAUUUUCUUACAUUCUGACUGGGACUCUGCCUUGCCCCCCUUGUUGGGAAAGGGUUAAAGCAGGAUGAAAGUUGAUGGGGACAGAGGACUCUUGGGUUUAGAGUUGGGAAAGGGUUAAAGCAGGAUAAAAGCUAAAGGGCAGAGGACUCUUAUGUUUAGAGUUUAUAAUUGCCCUCAACUCACAGUAGGUUCCUUGUUUCCUUCCUGUUGUCCUGGGGACCUCCUGAAGACAUCUCUUUGAGAAAUGAAUGGGAUGAUGUGUGUUAACUGCUUGAGUGUCUAGUUCAUUGGUACUUGAUAAUUCAUUGGUCUUCAGGAAUUUAGAUUUUUAUGUUGUCUCUUUUUAAUUUUUUUUUUUUUUUUUUUUUUUUACACACAUUUCACUUGUAAACUUUUGCUGUUCUGCCUGGUUCUUGCUGCUGUUGGAGUCAUACCAUUCAUGGCCAGGCUCAAGAGCACUCGACUGAAGGAGGUAUCUGAAUUAAGGUCCUACCUACUCUGUUAACUUAAAAUCAUCCCUAUACACAUGUACACAACUCUGUGGAGCAUUCAUUUUCUAAACUUGAAUAAAUGAAGAAGGUAAAGAAUGUUGUUGGAGCUUCAGAGUGUCACAUGAAAAUAGUGGGACUACGGGACUGGCCCAUGAGGUCAUGCUGGGGAUGAUGGGGAGGUUUGGGUGCUGGGAACCUGACACCAUCAUUAUCUAUGGAGGUUGCAACUGCUCCUUGGAGUGAAUUUAGAGGUAUUGAAGGCAAACCUGAGGGAGAGUCAUUUGAAAAUCAAAUAUCUUAGGAGGAGAAUCUUAAUCAUUUCUUGGCUUACUGGUUUCCCACCCUACACCCCCUUUUUUUCUUUUUCAGUGAAUUUUUUCUUUUUCAACGAACAUUGUGAAUGUAGCUUUUUUUUUUUAGGAUGUCUUUUUGGCAUAGAGCUAUUGCCGCAUAAGUGAGAACAGCUAGAGUAGAGGCCAUUGUUGAAAGGCAGGGCUAGCAGGGUGAAAUUCAGUUUGGGCCAGGAAGAGAAAGGAAGCAAUUCCUUGAGAACCUUUUGGUACUUGGCAGAAAAUGUGCACAAUCUGGAGCCCCAUGUGUUAGUUUUGAUCUGUUGGGAUUUUGUGGCAAGAAAAAGUGGCGUUGGCUACUCCAGAAUACACUACAACUGCAUUCUCUAAAGUUUUGGGAUCCAUUGCUAUUUUUUGAUCAUCAAAAUCUAUAGGUAUAUCAAUGAUUUUUGCUCAAUAAAUGUCUGGAUGUAAUGAGGCAAACAACAUUUGUAGUGAAGUUAUCUGGAGAUAUAAAAAAAAAUAAGCGACUUUGCAAAAUUUGUGAUUAUCUUGAUUGCAAAUACUACUAAGAGAGAGAUAGGCUAAGUGACAUAAAAUCUCCAUUUUAUAGCUGCUAUACUAGAUUGAGGACAUGAAGAAAAAUUAGUUAUUUCUUAGAGCCCUCCAGCUUUAGUUUUGCUAUAAAUCAUGCUUCUGAGAAAUGUAUGCUUUUCAGUUCUGCAGUCAAAUAGGAUUCUCUGGGCAUUGCAGACAACACUGGGCAAUGAUGAUCUAUGGAUUAACAUUUUUCUGCCUUAACCUUCAUCUUUUAACCCAUGGUGUGGAUCCUGAGAAAUACAGGUGCCUUCCUUGCAUAACUCACCACAGUGUUUGGCUUUUUUGCUCCUAGGGAUCAAGGAGUUAUUUCCAGGAAUAUCCUAUCCUUAGAUAUUCAUUACAUAUUUUGGGCCUAUAAUCAGAGGACAAGAGACUAGAUAGCUAAGAUUCCCUAAGGGCAGAUUUCUUUAUUUCUGAACAUGCUUACCUAGAAACAGAUUGACAGAGUAUAUGGAAGUCAGGGAGUGUUAGUUCUCUAAUGAUGAGAGGUUGUUUGCCCAUGCCUUGGAAAUGUGACCUCAAUUUCUUCUCAGCCAUCAUUCUCCAUUCUGAGUGAUCAUUACUUGUAUAGUUCUGAGUAGACCAUAGAUCCUGUUCUUGGGGACUCAUCUCCUAAGAAUAGCAAUGGGUAUGCAGUGAUGUCUUACACAUGCUUUUCUUCACAUGCUUUUUCUUUCUCUCUUUCCCAGAUCUUCAUUAAGGUCUUUUAAAGUUUGAGGUAAAAGGGUAGGAUUUCAUUCUAUUUUGGAUGGUAGCCCUUCUUAUGUAGCCACAAUCUUUAAGGCAAUAAUUGGACUCAGCAUGAAUAUGAAUCCCUGUGGUGCCUUUUGGAUCCCUAGUGUGGUGUGGUGAUGGUUCUAAUUGGAGUAGUCUGAUUGUCCUUGCUAUUAUAAGAGGCAACUAUAUUUUAUUUUCCACUUGUCCAAAUUGUUUUUAGCACUUGCCAAACAGGUCAUAUAUUACAAAGAUUCCUUGGGGAGGGAGAGAAAAAUAGAAAGGAGAUGAGAGGAGAGUGGGAGCAUGGGAAGGAGGAAUAAGAUAAUUAAGAAAUGAUGACACUUGGGAUUGGAUUUCCCUCAGAGGCCCUGAUAACUAAAAAGCCGUAAGAGAUAUGAAAAUAUCAUAUGCACUCUAAGCAGGCAAUUCAGAACACUGAAAAAAUCCUAUGGGACCCAGACUGACAUUUGUUCCUUUGUCAUAUAUUAUCUGAACCAUAGCUCCUAGUAUCACUUUUACAUUAGAGAAGCAGCUUAUAAGUCUUAACUUUAUAUACUUCCUGAAAAGAGAGCAGAAAUAGAAAGAAAUGAUGCUUGGUUAAAUGACUGCUCUAUUCUUCCUGUAAAACAAUCAUAAGGGAUUAUUGGAAUUGGAAGAAAGAUUGUGGGGGUAGGAAUGUAUGCCGGUUUCUUUUUUUUUUCUCUCCAAAAAAAGCUUAUUUUUAAAUUAAAUUAUACAAUAAGGUGAAAUCUUAAUUUGUAUCCAUGUUUUGUAUACUCUCUUUAAAUCUUUCCUUCUUUUCCUUCCUUCCUUCUUUCCUUUCUCCCUUCCUAGAAAGAUGGUAGUAUUGGGGUGGAGUUGAGCAAAAGCUUUGUAAAAAAUCUUAGAAAGUUUAGAAGUGUAUUUUAGAACCACCUCAACCUUAUCUCUCAUUGUACAUUUGUAAUAAAGAUCAUCAUUUCCAUGUUUGUGAUUUUUUACUUCUAAAUUACUGUGAAUUUUUUUAUUAUAGAGCAACAAGCUUAGCCCAUAUUUUUAUUGUUUGAUGAGAGGGACAUUUUAUUCUUAGGAUUCUAGAAGAAAGAACUAAUACAAUUUGCUAAAAGGUUUCUGUAUCUGUUAACAGCAAGGAAGGGCUCAAAAAAUUGAGGAAAAAGCUUUUAAUAUUUAUUCCUGUUUUGAAAAACUAUUUCUUAAUCAUUUGGAUUCAAAUAUAUAAUAAGUAUAAUAAGGUCUAAGUUUAUAUUGUGAUAGUGAAAUCUUUUUUUAUUUUGUGGACUUCCAUUGCAAAUUUCUGUAAAUUAGGUUUCCUUCUGUUUCUUCCUCAGUGUUCUUCUGACUAGCUUUCUUUCAAUGGUUCUGACUGUGAGCAUAUCACUUAAUCCUCUGGACCUCAGUCCUCUGAUUCUCUCAUUAAGAAAUAGAAAUGUAUUGCUAGAGCUAAGUGGUACAGUGGAUAGAACUCUCGCCUGCAUUUGAGGAGACCUGCGUGCAAACCUGAUUUCAAAUAUUUCAUACUGACUGGGUAU